UUUGCAUUGCUUUGUGUUUAAGGGAUUGAUAAUUGGAGACUUCAUCUCCUCGAAAGGAAUUAAGAAAAUGCAAUGUCCUAAAGAAACAAUAGCCAGGCUAUUCUACAAUGUCUCGAGUUCUUUUCUUCUUCUAUCCUUUUUCUUCUAUUUUACUUCCAUUUUCCUUGCCAAGCUUUUCAUCUUCCUCGGAGGAAAUCCAUUUUCACGAAGGAAUCAGGAAUAUGGAUAUGAAUUCUACGUUACUUCUGAUGAGGAAAUGGAAAUGGAAGUAGAAAAUGAAUAUUAUGGUACUGAUCAUCAGCCCUACGAAAUUAAGGAUCAUUUGAUAGCAAAUAUAAGUGAAACACUGAGGUUUGUGGCCGAAGAGGAUCAAAUCUCAGAAGGGAAGAACUUGGAUUCAGGAGAAAGUUUUGCGAGUAUUGAUGAACAUGAAGAGGUAUUUGAGGAAGAGAUUCUUGUAGAAGAUACUGAUACUGAUACUCCUCGUGAUUCUGAAGCCAAUGAUGACAACAACCCCACAUCAGAAUCUGGCAACAACUUAGAGGCAAAUAGUGAGAGGCAUCAAGAAAAGUAUGGCAGUGAAAUUGUCGAAGAUGAGCAGAAAAAUGAGAUUAAUUUCAAGCAAGAAGAAGAUUUCUUGGUUUUUCAACCACCCAAAUCAAUGAGCAAGAAAUUAAUGCAAGAAAAAGAAGAAGAAGAUAUUUUUGGGGACACUUUGACCAUUGGAUCAACAUCGAAAGAUUCAUCAGAAUGGAGAAGUUCAAUUAAUUAUAGGGAUCAAUCAGGCACUGAUGAUCCAUUUUCAUCUUCAUCAAGAAGAAGUUGUCCUAAAUGGGAAUCCUACACUGUUUUCCAAAAAUAUGAUGAAGAAAUGCUUUUUUUGGACAGAAUUAGUGCCCAGAAGCUCCAUGAAACAGGUACUAUACUCUUCUUGAUCUAUGCUCGGAUGAGGAAGUUGGCACCCAAGUUGCUUCAAGUCCCAGAAUAUCGAGACUACUUGGAGGAGAAAAGAGAAGAAGGUUAUUCCUCAAGAAUUUCCUCAAAUUCAUUUCUUGACAUCAUAAAAGAAUCAAUUAGGACAUUCAUGAAUUUCCUCAAAGCAGAUAGGGAAAGUCAUUGCCAAAUAUUUGCAGCUUUGUUCAAAAGAAAUUCAAGAGGUUCAGUGGAUGCAACUCUUCUUCUCCUACAAAAGAAAGUAAACAAAAAGAAAAAGGUGAAGCUAAACGAGCUGCGCCGAUCGGGUUCGUGUUUAAGAAAGAGAAGAUUAAGAGUGGAGGAGGAAAUGGAGAUUUUAAUGGCUUUAAUAGACCUAAAAGUGGUGUCUAGGGUUUUAAGAAUGAAAGAUUUGAAUGAUGAACAGUUGCAUUGGUGUAACAACAAGAUGAGCAAAGUGAAAGUCUCUGAUGGGAAACUACAAAGAGAUUCUUCCCCACUUUUUUUCCCUGCACACUGACCAACCCACCAAAGAAUGUUCAAUUGAUGACUAGAUGGUGAUUGUGCAUGGAAUGAAUAUCCAUUAUCCAGUCUCCCUUUUUGUAAAUAAUUUCCGAGGUAAUGGAUCAUAUUCGAACGGGACAGAAUAAAAAAUAUUCUUUAAUAUUGUUCAGUACUGUUCAGUCAAUGCUACGAAGGUGCAGCGUGUGUUGCACAUAUUAGAUUUUGAAGAUUUGGAUGGGAGCUAAAGUUGGGUGGUCAUAAAGCAAAGAACAUUGGGAUAGAGACAUGGUUAGCUUUAGCUACUUUUUCACUUUUUUUUUUUUUUUUUUUUUUUUUGAAAUUAUGGUUUAUCUGUUAAGGAAUAAAAGUUGGCACAUGAUACACUCAAGAAUAGAAUAAUAUCUAUAUGUAUUUAUCAUUGUAAUAACAUACACUUCAGCUUA